UCUCCUUGUAAAUCUUAGCUGCAUUCAAACCUCGAUUGCUGUCUGAUCUAUGUUUUUGAGCCCUAACGCCGUAAAUCACUGGAUUCUAUUAUUUUUUUGUUUUGUUCCCUCAAAUUGGAAUACUCUAGGGUUUCUGGUAUCCCAAGUAGAAGAUGUCGAGGGAAGAGGAGAUUGUCGUCAGGGACGUCACUAAUGCUGGCCUUGUCGUGAGUGACCGCAUUAGCAGAGAUGUUUCUGCUCAGCUCGACCUCGAAGAAGCCCUUGAAGCCGCCAGAUACGCAAGCCACCCGUACUCAUCUCAUCCCAGAGAGUGGCCUCCUUUGGUUGAAGUGGCGGAUACUUUGGAGUUGCCUCCUGUACUGAUUGAAAGAUACAAUGCAGCCAGUGGGGAGGGAACAGCAUUAUGUGGAAUAUUUCCGGAGAUACGCCGAGCAUGGGCGUCGGUAGAUAACUCUUUAUUUCUUUGGCGUUUUGAUAAAUGGGAUGGUCAGUGCCCUGAAUAUAGCGGCGAGGAACAAGCUAUCUGUGCUGUUGGCCUGGCCAAAUCUAAGCCUGGCAUCUUUAUUGAAGCCCUUCAGCAUCUCUUAGUCCUCGCAACUCCUGUUGAGUUGGUUCUUGUAGGAGUAUGCUGCACUGCUAGGCAAGAUGGAACAGAUCCAUAUGCUGAGGUUUCACUACAGCCCUUGCCAGAAUAUGCAGUACCAUCUGAUGGUGUCACAAUGACAUGUAUCACAUGUACAGAUAAUGGAAAGAUUUUCCUGGCUGGCCGUGAUGGUCACAUUUACGAGAUGCAGUAUACGACUGGUUCAGGCUGGCACAAGCGUUGUCGUAAAGUUUGCCUUACUGCAGGUUUAGGAAGUGUUAUUUCAAGGUGGGUUGUGCCAAAUGUGUUCAAGUUUGGAGCUAUUGACCCCAUUGUCGAAAUGGUUGUGGAUAAUGAGAGACACAUUCUUUAUGCAAGAACAGAGGAGAUGAAACUUCAGGUGUUUGAUCUGGGGGAAGAUGGUAUUGGUCCACUUAAGAAAGUUGCAGAAGAAAGGAAUUUGAUCAAUCAGAAGGAUACAUCUUAUGGGGGUAGACAGUCUGCUGGAUCUAGAGCAGUUAACCGGGCAGCAAAACCAUCAAUAGUUGGCAUUGCACCUUUAUCAACCAUGGAAUCAAAGUGGUUACACCUUGUUGCUAUUUUAUCAGAUGGUAAGAGGAUGUACCUUUCCACCAUUCCUUCUAGUGGGAACAAUGUCGGAGGUUUGGGUGGACUAAAUACUGCUCGUCAGAAGCCAUGUUGUUUAAAGGUUGUAACAACCAGGCCAUCACCUCCUUUAGGGGUCAGUGGUGGGCUUACCUUUGGAGCCCUGUCUCUUGCUAGUAGAUCACAGGCUGAGGAUUUGUCACUGAAGGUAGAAGCGGCAUACUAUUCUGCAGGCACUCUUGUCCUUUCUGAUUCAUCUCCCCCAUCCAUGUCCUCUCUUCUCAUUGUGAACAGGGAUUCAAGCACACAGUCGUCUCUCUCAGGCAGUUUUGGAACAAGUUCAAGGAGCUCUCGGGCUUUAAGGGAAUCCGUAUCUUCUCUACCAGUAGAGGGCCACAUGCUAUUUGUGGCUGAUGUUUUCCCUCUUCCAGAAACAGCAGCUAUUUUGCAGUCUCUGUAUUUAGAUUCAGAAUCCUUUGGAUUUGAAGGUUUUGGAGAAUCAUGUGAGAAACAAUCUGUGAAACUUUGGGCUAGAGGUGACCUUGCAAUGCAACAUAUUUUACCAAGGAGGAGGGUUGUCAUAUUUAGUACCAUGGGCAUGAUGGAAGUGGUUUUCAACAGGCCAGUUGACAUUCUGCGAAGGUUGUUAGAGUCCAAUACACCAAGAUCAAUAUUAGAGGAUUUCUUUAACCGUUUUGGAGCUGGAGAAGCGGCGGCAAUGUGUUUAAUGCUGGCUGCGAAGAUAGUCCAUUCUGAAAACCUAAUAACCAAUGCUGUUGCUGAGAAGGCAGCUGAAGCAUUUGAAGAUCCACGUCUAGUUGGAAUGCCACAACUUGAAGGUAGUAAUGCAUUGUCAAACACAAGAACACCCCCUGGAGGCUUCAGUAUGGGGCAGGUUGUUCAAGAGGCUGAACCCAUUUUUUCUGGUGCUCAUGAAGGACUUUGUUUGUGCUCAUCAAGGUUGCUUUUUCCAGUGUGGGAGCUUCCUGUUAUGAUCGUCAAGGGCGGUGUAAGUUCUGCUGCUGGUUUUGAGAAUGGGGUGAUUGUUUGCAGACUUUCUAUUGGGUCGAUGCAAAUCCUUGAAAGCAAGAUUCGUUCAUUAGAGCAGUUUUUAAGGUCAAGAAGAAACCAGAGGAGGGGACUGUACGGUUGUGUUGCUGGUCUGGGAGAUGUGACUGGUUCUAUUCUGUAUGGAGCUGGUUCAAAUUUAGGACUUGGUGACCAGAGCAUGGUAAGAAACUUGUUUGGUGCUUACUCCCGAAACAUUGAGUCAAGUGACGGUGGGACAUCUAAACGGCAGCGCCUUCCAUAUAGUCCUGCAGAACUUGCUGCCAUGGAGGUGAGAGCAAUGGAAUGUAUUAGGCAGUUGCUCCUUAGAUCUGGUGAAGCGCUAUUUUUACUCCAACUUUUAUCACAGCAUCAUGUGACUCGAUUGGUUCAAGGGUUUGAUGCCAGUCUGCGGCAGGCAUUAGUUCAAUUGACAUUUCAUCAGCUGGUUUGCUCUGAGGAGGGUGAUAAGCUUGCUACAAGGCUUAUAUCUGCUCUUAUGGAGUAUUAUACUGGUUCUGAUGGCCGAGGGACAGUGGAUGAUAUCAGUGCGAAAUUACGGGAAGGUUGUCCAAGCUAUUUCAAGGAGUCUGACUAUAAAUUCUAUCUUGCUGUUGAGUGUCUUGAGAGAGCUGCAGCCACUGCUGACAUUGAAGAGAAGGAGAAUCUUGCUAGAGAGGCUUUUAAUUUGUUAACUAAAGUUCCAGAGUCAGUGGAUUUGAGUAUUGUAUGCAAACGAUUUGAAGAUUUGAGAUUUUAUGAAGCUGUGGUCCAUCUAGCACUGCAAAAGGCACAGGCGAUUGAUCCUGCAGGAGAUGCUUUCAAUGAGCAAAUUGAAGCAAGCAUUCGAGAAAAUGCCCUAGCUCAACGUGAGCAGUGCUACGAGAUAAUCACCAAUGCUUUACGUUCUUUGAAGGGACAAGCAGGGUCACAAAGGGAAUUUGGUUCUCCCAUUAGACCUGUCGUGCAACCUGUCCUUGAUAAAGCCUCUCGGGACAGAUACAUACGGCAGAUUGUUCAGCUUGGUGUCCAGUCACCUGACAAAGCAUUUCAUGAGCAUUUGUACAGAACAAUGAUUGAUGUGGGCCUUGAGAAUGAGCUAUUGGAGUAUGGGGGUUCUGAUUUGGUGCCUUUUUUGCAGAAUGCUGCCCGUGGGUCAAUACAAGUGGUUCGGCCUGUUUCUGCCAUAUCAUCUGGAGCUUCUCCUAUGGGUCACUCGGGGUCACCACUUGCCGCUAAUCAAGUCAAGUACUGUGAACUUCUGGCAAGAUACUAUGUAUUAAAGCGGCAGCAUGUCCUUGCAGCUCAUGUGUUGUUGAGACUUGCAGAAAGACACCCCUCUGAUGCUGUAGAUGCUCCUACACUGGAGCAAAGGCGCCAAUACCUCAGUAAUGCAGUUCUGCAGGCAAAGAAUGCAAGCAAUAGUGAUGCUCUAGCAAGUUCGGCCCGAGGUGCUUUUGACAAUGGGUUAUUGGAUUUGCUUGAAGGAAAGCUUGCUGUUCUUCGGUUUCAAAUCAAGAUCAAAGAGGAACUGGAGGCUAUUGCCUCAAGGGUAGAAGCUUCAUCUGAUACUUCUGAGUCCAUUCCUGAUGACUCCUCCCCUCAUAGAAAUCUGGUUGCUGAUGCCAAUAUUGCAAAAACGGCACAAGAGAAGGCCAAAGAGCUAUCAGUGGAUUUGAAAAGCAUCACUCAAUUAUACAAUGACUAUGCAGUUCCAUUUGAGCUUUGGGAGAUAUGUUUGGAGAUGCUCUACUUUGCGAAUUAUUCUGGAGAUGCUGAUAGUAGUAUUGUCAGAGAGACCUGGGCCAGACUUAUUGAUCAAGCUCUUUUGAGGGGUGGAAUUGCUGAAGCUUGUUCUGUUUUGAAGAGGGUUGGUUCAAGUGUCUAUCCUGGAGAUGGAGCUGGCUUGCCUCUAGAUACACUAUGUCUGCACCUUGAGAAGGCUGCAUUGGAGCGAUCUGUUUCAGGAGUUGAACUUGUUGGAGAUGAAGAUGUUGUAAGGGCUCUUCUUGCAGCUUGCAAGGGUGCUGCUGAACCUGUGUUAAACACCUAUGACCAAUUGCUAUCAAAUGGAAUUAUAUCGCCAUCACCAAACCUCAGGUUGCGCCUUCUACGUUCUGUGCUUGUGGUCCUUCGUGAGUGGGCAAUGUCAGUGCUUGGGCAGAGAAUGGGAACCAGUGCUACUGGAGCUUCUCUUAUUCUAGGUGGAGCAUUAUCCUUGGAGCAAACGUCUGUCAUAAAUCAAGGAGUCCGAGAUAAAAUCACUAGUGCAGCAAACAGGUAUAUGACUGAAGUGCGUCGUUUAGCUCUUCCACAGAGCCAGACAGAGGCUGUUUACCGAGGUUUCCGAGAACUUGAAGAGUCACUGCUGAGUCCCUUUUCUUUUGAGCGGUUCUGAUUUUUUUUUUUCAUGUAUAAUGUAUCAAAAAUUUCCAUGUAACAUAAAUUUAAUAAGUUGCAGUUUUUGUAUUAGUUUAGUUGAUUGAACUACACUCUAUUUUGAUGA